AUGGCUUUAAAUUUUAUACCAAAGCUGACCCCUCAUCUUUCUCCAGUGUUUCUGCUCGUUCUAUCCGUGACUGUAUUUUUAGCACCUGUUGAGCAGUCUGGGUCUGAAAAAGAAUUUGAGAUGAAGUACUACAUCAUGGAAAUCCAGUCUGGUCCCAAUGCCACAGUGGUACCUGGUACAGGUAUUGCCGGAAAGCUUUGGUCCCCGACCAACUGGGGAACAAUUCUCGUCUGUCAUAACCCGUUUGUUGAAGACCCAAGCCCAUACUCACGAAAAGUUGGCCAAGUCCGGGGCUUGGAAGUGGCAUCAUCAAAAGACGGAGAGUACAACUAUAUUUGCUCUUCUACUAUGUUCACAAGAAGCGAGUACAAUGGCAGCACCUUACAGGCACAAGGAACAUUCAACAGGGCUUCCAGGGGAGCUAGCGUGCUUUCGAUCGUAGGAGGUACCGGAACGUUUAAGGGCGCUAGGGGAAUUGCUAUGCUUCAAACAUAUAGCGCCUCAUUUUUACUAUUCAUCAUCAAGUUUUCACUUCCCAAAUGA